ACUUGUGCUUUACAUUAACACGCUAUUCACAACGUUUUUCUCUCUGCUAAUUUUCCAAAGCCGCCAAAUAUGGAACAUGAUUCUAUCUUGAACCUCUUUGAUUCUAAUUGGUUUCACCUUAACAUUUUGAAGAAAUCAAAUUCAACUUCAUCAACAACAUCAACAAGUUCAAAAGAAAAUCUAGAAGAACGUUAUCAGAAAAAUGAAACAUCAUCAGAAUCAGAACCAAAACUCGCACGGAUCCGAACCCUUCAUAACAGAUCCAUGAGUGAUGACCAAUCUAUGAAAAGCUUCAACGUUGAUUCUCUUUCACCAGACUCUGUCUUAAUCUCUUCAAAGCUUCAAACAAUUCUAUCAGGAAAAGAAGUAACAGACUCAGAAAGUGAUGAAAACUUAGUACCAACAACACAAACGUUGUUACCUAAGAAAAACAACAUCAUAAAAAAUGUUGUUGUUGUUAAGAAGAAAAGGGAAAGUAAGAGUUUAUCAGACCUUGAAUUUGAGGAGCUAAAAGGGUUUAUGGAUCUUGGUUUUGUUUUCUCAGAGGAAGAUAAAGAUUCAAGCUUGGUUUCAAUUAUUCCUGGGUUACAAAGGCUUGGAAAAAAAGAUGAAGAAGUUGAAAAAGAAAAUGUUUUUGAUGAGUGUUUGGUUCAAAGACCUUACCUUUCUGAAGCUUGGGAAUUUCAUGAUAGGAGAAAAAAAGAGUACCCUUUGAUGAAUUGGAAAGUUCCUGCUAUGAAUAAUGAAAUUGACAUGAAAAAUAGUCUCAGAUUGUGGGCACAUACUGUUGCUUCCAGUGUUAGAUGAUGAGAUGAUGCAGUUCAUAUUGCAUAAUCUAUUUUUUUCUUUCCACAUAUACUUUUUUGAUAAUAUCUUUGAUAUUGUUUGGUUUAUACUUUUAGUUUUAGGAUAAUAAUGCAACAUUUAUUUCUCUCUAGUAUUUCCUUGUUAAUUUUUUCUGGAAUUCGGUAUUCCAUUGUAAUUUGUAAUUAUAGACAGAAAGGAAACAAAUUUAAUUCAGCAUUUGUGAUCUUUGAUAA